AUGGAUAUAGAAGAAUAUGACCAAAAAAUCCGUACGCUAUUAGACGAUCCAGCUUACGAACAAAUAUCCACCGAUCCAACUACAUAUUUGGAAAAAACAACGAAGGCCAAAAUCAAUUCUUCAAAAAUCAGCAAGGACCAACAGAUACAUCUCAUCCCAAGAGAAAAAUCAUCACGAUGUCCAAAACCUUAUGGUUUGCCAAAAGUCCAUAAGCCAGGACUACCACUAAGACCAAUAGUCAGCUCAAUAGGGUCACCGUUACAGCAAUUAGCGAGGUUUUUAGCGAAGCAACUACAACCAUACUCAGAGGAAGCGGAAUCUUAUGUCAAGAACGCGAGCCACUUCAUCGAACGUAUACAAAACGUAGAUGUUAGACCCGGAGACCUUCUAGUUAGUUUCGACGUCGUUUCCUUAUUUACCAACAUACCAGUGGACGAAGCAUUUCCAGCAGUUCAAGCCGAGUUCAGACGAGAAGCAGAACGACCCGACUUGAAAAUGGCAAGUGAGAUCUUGCCGAAACGUGAACUCGGCUUGAACUGGUGCUCGGCUGACAGUAAAAUGUCGCAAAAUGUUAUCAACUACUAUGACCCACGAAUUUUAUCAUCUAAACCGUGGUUGCCUGCGGGCGAAGAAACUUCGACUUCUCUAACCAACGAUAAGAUUAAGCAGAACAACAAAUAUCCUGAGUUAUUUGCGCACAAAUCAUGGACAAAAGGGGUUCCAGAGAAAGACACACAAAAGUAUUUCAGUCCUUCCGAAACAAUAGGAUCAGCGUUUACACCAGCUGCCCAACACUUGCGAAUUCGAGAUUUGCCAAGGAAACGAAAAAUUACCAAAGUUUCACCAUUGGGUGCCGACGGAAAAUUGCGCUAUCCGCCAAAAAAAAACCGAAAAGAAACAGAAAUAGAAACGCGACUGACCCAAGAGAAACGACGGAUUAAAAAGGUUCCUGGUAUAAUUGACGCGGAGUAUCUGCUAUCCGGUCAGUACCACAAAGACAGAAAUGCGUUGAGGGAGAGAAGAGAAAAGGAAAAGGCUAUGCGAAAGAAGGUGGAAUUGAUGAAAUGGGAGGGGUUUCCUAACGAAAAGGGAAAGCUGGCGUUGCUUGAGGCGAUCCUACCCCAGGACCCGGACGUACAAAAGUCUUAUCUCCUCAAGCAGGUUCAAACGGAAAUGAGCAAAACUCUGAACGAAACGGACAUCGAAAGGAUCGUUUAUUACAUAACAGAUGGAAUAGCGCCCAAAGAUGUCCCUCCGUAUAAUAAGCAACUCCUCGCGAAAUCUAGAAAACUGUUAGAUGAAAAAUAUAAACGUUUGAAAUGCUACGAGUCUAUGUUGUCGGCCCACGAAACGGAAAUACUCAAACUCUACUGCAUGUACAUGAGAAUUAGCGUGCUGGUCUAUAUUCUUCACGAUCCUGCCGAGUGGAAGAGGCUUGGUUUGGAAAGUUUUCCAAAGUUUUUUCCGGCCAUGGUAAUACGGGCGCCAGUGCCGUGGCAUACUCGCUACAGUAUCAGUACGCAGUAUUUGGAACGCCACUAUUACCAGGGCAACGUAAUUGUUCGAAAAAUUACCGAAGUCUGGUUUCAAAGAUACGUUGAUAUGGUUAUUCUUCCCGUGAACCGCCUUACCGAAGGCAAGCAGUUCCCUUUAAGCCCCUCCGAAUUUGAAGAACGGGUAGAUACGAUCUGCAAUACAUCGAGACAAAUACUCCUCAAGGAGUGGUUACCGGCUUGUGCGGAUAUAUUUUUGGAUUGCCGAGAACAUUGGAGGCAAUACGUCCCGACUAAAAUUAGCGGUUCGGUAGAUAUGGUAGAACACUUUUUCAGCUGCGUAAAUAUUCUUCUGAGCACGCAUUUAAGAACGUUGGUGAUUCGAAGCUUGAUGCAAUUCAAAGAUCUCGUGGUCAAGUUCAAGGACGGCAAUGAUUUUGGAGAAGAAUAUCGCGAUUUGGCUCUAAUAGAUCUGCCGAUAUUAGUUAUAAGAGUCGAUCGUAUAUUAGUUGACAAUCAACUUACACUGGUCCCGAAUUUGACGGAAGUAAAAGAAAUGCUGUUUAGAUGCUUGAGAAAAAUUUUAAAGAUCAACGAAAAAAUACCAAAAAUACAGAACUUGAUGUUUAAAGAGCUCGCUCAUCAAGAAUCUUACUUGCAUGCAGUGUGGGAACACGAAAUACCGGUUAGAGACAUUUUUAAAGAGGUUUCCGAUUCAUUCGACAGCAACACAACCGGCCCGGCAAAGUACUUGGUAACUUACGAAAAUUACUUUUACAUCUUGGACGGAACCGCUGAACGGGAUUUGCAGGACUUUUUUGCUAUGCCUCCGUUUCCAUACUUAAAGGACUUUUCUAGGAGAAUACGAAAAUACGAAAGUCUCAAAAAAGAGAUUGUCGAUUUGCGCCGGUCAAUUCCGCUAAAUUUAUUAAACCUAGAUUGUAGCGAGCUAAAUGAGGAACUUUACAACAAAAUUAACGAGUUAAGAAUGUACAUAGUAAAUUAUUUUAUAGAAGAAAAUCACUACCACAACAAAAGGAUAUGCGCAACGUUCGACGAAAUGUCCCAAAAAGUCAGCGCAACUCCAGACACCGUUCUGGAAUUGGUGGAGCUGCAAAAUUACGUCAACGAAUGCAGAGAUGUCACCAUGUACAAUUUGCGCGAACAGAUACGAAAAACCGCGGAAUACGUCAGUUUUUUGAUGGACCACGCCCACCUUUCGGUCGAAGACAUUAACUUAAACUGCAGAGUGUUCUUAUGGCCCAAGGAUAUGGAAGCGAUGAUCGAUCUGGCCAAUCAAAGAUUGAACCUAAAGAGAGACCAAGCGGAAACGUCGUUGAAAAAUUGGAGGGCUAAUUUCGAUGCCAAGUUGACCCGACACGAAAAAAUGCUGAACAACUUCAAAAAGAAGGAUCCUCCGAUCUUGACGAUGGACGAAAUGCAAGAGAGCGUUUCCCAAAUAGAGACUAUUGUCGGCAUGCUUCAGGAAGAUAAAAUCGAAGCUGAUAACAUAAACGAGGAGGAACAACUGCUAGACAUAGAUCCGUCACCUUUUAUGAACCUAUACAAGAUGCUCACCACCGCAGAUCCAUUUGAUAAGCUGUGGCAUUCGGUAUUAGAUUUUCACCAAAAAUACGACCUAUGGUAUUAUGGACCUUUUGCCGAACUCGAUGCCGAUGAAAUUACUGAAUACAUAGAAAACAUGUGGCGGGUUUUGUACAAAUUGGCGAAAACACUUAGCGACAAUCCGGGAGCGAAAAGGAUCGCUGAGAUCGUUAGAGGAAAGGUGGAGAAGUUCAGACAGUUUCUGCCGGUUUUGCAGACCAUCUGCAACAAGGGUCUUCAAAAGCGUCACUGGGACAAAAUUAGCGAAAUUGUGGGGGUUCAGCUAAAAAUCACCUUGGACUCGACCCUACACGAAAUGAUAGAAGCCGGCUUGCCGAAGUACUCUCAGCAACUAGAAGAAGUAGGUGCGGCUGCCACUAAAGAAUAUACAUUGGAGAAAAACCUCGCUAAAAUGAAAGAGGAAUGGCGUGACAUUCGCUUUGAAUGUGUGCCAUAUAGAGAAACCGGAGUUUAUGUCUUGUCCGCCGUGGAUGAUAUACAAGUGAUGAUGGACGACCAUAUUUUAAAAGCUCAAACUAUGAGGGGAUCGCCGUACGUAAAAGCUUUCGAAGCUGAAAUGCAAGCCUGGGAAGAGAAGCUCUUGUCAAUGCAAGAUAUUUUGGAGCAAUGGCUGCUCUGCCAAUCCACCUGGAUGUAUUUGGAGCCCAUUUUCAGUUCCGAAGAUAUUAUGAGACAAAUGCCGACCGAAGCGAGGCACUUCAAAUCGGUGGAUAGAGUGUGGAGGUCGAUUCAAGCGAAUACCAUGAAAAAUACCCGCGUUCUCGUCGCGACUGAAUACAAGAAUAUGUUGAACCUGUUAAAAGAAAAUAAUAGACUCUUGGACGAAAUACAAAAGGGCUUGAACGAUUACUUAGAGAAAAAGAGACUCUUCUUUCCGAGGUUUUUCUUUCUAUCCAACGACGAGCUAUUAGAAAUUCUGUCUGAAACUAAGGAUCCCCUGCGCGUGCAACCGCAUCUGAAAAAAUGUUUCGAGGGCAUCUAUUCCCUCGAUUUCACCAAAGAAGAAGAGGUGAUCGGCAUGGUGAGCGCGGAAAAAGAGAAAGUCGCUCUCAGCAGUAAGAUCGUACCCGCAGACGCAAAGGGUAUGGUUGAAAAAUGGCUGGUACAAGUGGAAAGCGUGAUGGUUCAGUCCUUGAAAGAUGUAAUGAAGAAAGCUUUGGACCAUUACCCUACUGUUGAGCGCCCAACUUGGAUAUUAAAAUGGCCCGGACAGAUAGUCCAAUGCGUGGACUGUAUUGAAUGGACCAGUGAAGUUACAAGCGCCAUUUCGAGCGGCAAUCUGGCUGAGCAGGAGGAACUCUGCACGGAACAAAUCGAACAAAGCGUUAAGAUGGUACAGGGCACUCUUAAACCUAAUAAUCAGGUCACAGUGGAGGCUUUAAUCGUCAUUGAUGUUCAUUGUAGGGACACCGUUACUAAAUUAAAGCAAUUGAAUGUAACAUCUGUUGCCGAUUUUAACUGGAUCUCCCAACUGAGGUAUUACUGGAAAAAUAGCCUUGUUACGGUCAGUAUGGUGACGACCGACGUCAUGUACGGAUUUGAAUAUUUAGGCAACACUGGUAGAUUGGUGAUGACGCCUUUAACUGACCGAUGCUACAGGACCCUAAUGGGGGCUCUCAAAUUAAACUUAGGAGGUGCCCCCGAAGGCCCUGCGGGUACAGGAAAAACCGAAACUUGUAAAGAUUUGGCAAAAGCGGUAGCUAAGAAGUGCGUGGUGUUCAAUUGCUCCGAAGGACUAGAUUAUAAAGCGUUGGGGAAGUUUUUUAAAGGUUUGGCACAGGCAGGAGCGUGGUCUUGUUUCGACGAGUUCAACAGGAUUGAACUGGAAGUCCUUUCUGUAGUGGCUCAACAGAUAUUAAGCAUCCAAAUGGCGGUAGCCGCUAAAUUGAAGAAAUUUGUUUUCGAGGGCACUGAAAUCACCCUUGACCCAACCUGUACCGUGUUCAUUACCAUGAAUCCCGGCUAUGCUGGAAGGCAAGAACUACCAGACAAUUUAAAGGUGUUAUUCAGAACGGUCGCAAUGAUGGUACCCGACUACGCAAUGAUCGGGGCAAUAUCUUUAUAUUCGUACGGAUUCGUACAUGCACAAAGUUUGGCCGAGAAGAUAGUACACACUUACAAGCUUUGCUCGGAACAACUGUCGUCUCAAAACCAUUACGAUUACGGCAUGAGGGCGGUUAAGUCAGUUCUUCUAGCUGCCGGGGCAUUGCGCAGGUCCCACCCGGACACACCAGAGGAACAGCUGGUGUUGCGCGCUAUCAUCGAUGUGAAUUUGCCGAAAUUUUUGGCGCAGGACGUGCCCUUAUUCAUCGGCAUUUACCAGGAUCUGUUCCCCGGCACGGAAGAUCCGGCCUUUGAAAGAUCCGAACUCAUCGAAUGCCUGGUAGAAAUUAUAAAGAAAAAGAAUUUGCAGCCCACACCUUGGUUCGUAGGAAAGUGCAUGCAGAUCUACGAAAUGAUACUGGUGCGGCACGGAAUGAUGAUUGUCGGCAAACCAAUGGGAGGCAAGACUUGCGCGUACCAAAGUUUGGCAGACGGUCUUGGUGUGCUGUCCGGCAAGCAAGACGCAAAGAUGAUUGAACAUAGCGUUAUAUACAGAAUAAUCAAUCCGAAAGCAAUAACGAUCGGACAGCUUUACGGACAAUUCGAUCCGGCAUCACACGAGUGGACGGACGGAGUCCUGGCUACGACCUUUAGGGAAUUCGCGAAUAGCCCCACGCCUGAAAGGAAAUGGAUCCUAUUCGACGGUCCCGUGGAUGCGGUCUGGAUCGAAAAUAUGAACACAGCGCUUGACGACAACAAAAAGCUCUGUCUUAUGUCUGGAGAGAUAAUUCAAAUGUCGAACCAAAUGAAUUUGAUUUACGAGCCUGCGGAUUUAGAUCACGCGUCUCCUGCCACUGUUUCAAGGUGCGGCAUGAUUUACAUGGAGCCGGCUCUGCUCGGCUGGAAACCUUUAAUGGAUUCAUAUUUGGCAAGCCUCGAAAACGUUCUACUGGCUGAACAAAUAGAAAUACUCACCGAAUGUAUCGAAUGGCUAGUACCGCCGUGCCUGGACUUUAUCACUAAUAAGUGCAGGAAAUUCGUCGAAACGUCGGACAUUCAUAUGUUUUUUUCUUUCACCCGUUUAUUCACGUGUCUCCUCGUCGAGGAAAGUCAAGUCAGUACGAUAUGGAUGCAGUGCGUGCUCCUGUUUUGUAUUGCAUGGGGUGUGGGUUCCACUUUGACCCAUCAGAGCAGGAAGUCGUUUGAUAUAUUUUACAGAAAGCUAUUGUUGGGCGACAACAAAAGUCACCCCAAACCAAAGUCUUUUAAACUGGUAAAGAAUCAGAUAUUUCCAGACAGGCACGAGAUUUUCGAAUGGGUUUACGACAAAAAGAAUAACGGCACUUGGAUAACGUGGGGCGACACGGUCGACAAGGUUCAACAGAUACCGCCAAACAUCAAAGCUAGUGAUCUUAUUAUCCAAACCAACGCCUCGUGUUGCCAGCGUUACUUUUUAAAACUGUGUUUGACCAACAGUCUCCCGAUACUUUUCGUGGGACCCACGGGAACUGGGAAGACUGUGGUGACUAUAGAUCAUUUGCUGAGUCUACCCAAAGAGAAAACGUUGCCAAAUGUCAUCAAUUUUAGCGCUCGAACUACAUCGAUGAUGACUCAGGAAAUGAUAAUGGCCAAACUCGAUAAGCGCAGAAGAGGGGUGUACGGACCGUCUAUGGGAAAAAAGUGUAUCUUGUUCGUCGACGACGUUGGAAUGCCUCAAAAAGAAGUAUGGGGCGCCCAACCGCCGGUCGAGCUGUUAAGACAAUGGUUAGAUCACGGUCACUGGUUCGCCAAGGAUACGUCUACACUCCAAUUGGUUGAUGUGCUAUUCGUUGGUGCCAUGGGAGUACCGGGUGGCGGCAGAAACGAAAUAUCUGAUAGAUUUCUAAGGCACACCCAAUUAAUAGGCAUAGAUUCGUUUGACGAUGCUACUUUAACGAAGAUUUUCUCCACGAUUAUAGAGUCGCACUUCACGAAAUCAUACGUGGAAAUUGUUCAUAGAAUGGCAAAAUUUUCUGUAGGUGCGACGAACGAAGUGUUCAAGGAAGCUACCAUCAAGUUUCUACCGACCCCCGCGAAAUCUCACUACACAUUUUCGUUGCGAGAUUUUUCCAGAGUAAUUAACGGUUUAUUGGUUACGCCGCCGUCGAAAAUGGACGAACAAGAUAAAUUCAUAAGGCUGUGGAUUCAUGAAACAUACAGGGUGUUUUAUGAUAGGCUGAUUGAUGAUGCGGACAGAAACACGUUGUUCGACAUAGUGAAAAAGGCGUGCUAUCAGCAUUUUAGACAGCACAUGGAUAAAGUCUGUGCGCUACUGGUACAAGAGGACGAGACUCUGGCGCCCCAACACAUUCGAAACCUCUUUUUCGGAAACUAUAUUCUACCUGAUGCAGAACCUAAAAUUUAUGACGAAAUUACUGACAUGGACGAUUUGGUCGAGAAAAUGGAGUACUAUCUGGAAGAAUACAACGUGAUGUCAAAAGCGCCGAUGAAUUUAGUGAUGUUUCAGUUCGCGAUCGAGCAUAUAUCGCGAAUUUCCAGAGUCCUCAAUCAACCUAACGGUAACGUGCUGCUGGUUGGAAUCGGUGGAUCUGGAAGGCACAGUGCGGCCAAAUUGGCAAGCGCCAUGGCCGAAUACGUCGUUUUCGAGAUUGAAUUGUCGAGAAACUACGGCAUACCCGACUGGCGGGAAGACUUGAAAAAACUUCUGUUAAAAGCUGGUUGCGAAGGCAAACCUAUAGUAUUUUUGUUCGGCGACACUCAAGUAGCCGACGAAAUGUUCAUCGAAGACAUUAGUACCGUUUUAAAUACUGCCGACGUAGCCAACCUAUACGCCGCAGAUGAGAAGGCAGAAAUUUUGGAAAAGAUGCAGUCUGUGGCGAAAGAAUCCGGCAAAAAAAUCGAACCGACACCUUUGGCAUUGUACAACUUCUUUAUCGAACGUGUGCGUAGCAAUUUGCACGUAGCACUCUGCAUGUCGCCCAUAGGAGACUCGUUCCGUGUAAGAUGUCGAAUGUUCCCUUCGCUAAUCAACUGUUGCACCAUCGAUUGGUUCCAAAGUUGGCCGGACGAUGCCCUAGAAAGGGUCGGCGAUAUGUUUUUGUCCCGAGCCCACAUCCAGAGCGAUAUGAUAGCCAAAUGCGUGACGAUGUGUAAAGAAUUUCACGUGACAGUUCAAGAACUGUCGUCCAGAUUCUACAGGGAACAGAAACGGCGGACUUAUAUCACGCCCACGUCAUACAUUGAACUCAUUCAGACGUUUAUCGCGUUGCACGCGAAGAAAGUGGAGCAAAUUAAAUUGCUGACCAACCGAUACGAGACGGGAUUGGAAAAGCUGGGAUUCGCUGCCGGCCAAGUGGGUGUCAUGCAGGACGAAUUGCACGACCUGCAACCGAAACUGAUCGUCGCGUCGGAAAAGACCGAAAAACUUAUGAUUAAAAUCGAACAGGACACCGUUAUUGUGGAAAAGCAGAAGGAGGUUGUAGCUGCCGACGAAGCCUUAGCGAACGAAGCAGCAGCCGCUGCCCAGGCGAUUAAGGAUGACUGCGAAUCGGAUUUAUCAGAGGCGAUUCCGGCUUUGGAAGCGGCCAUACAAGCGUUGGAUACGUUAAAACCGAGCGACAUCACGCUGGUCAAAUCCAUGAAGAAUCCCCCGUCUGGAGUCAAACUCGUUAUGGAAGCGAUUUGUGUCAUGCGCCAAGUGAAGCCGGAGCGUAGGCCAGACCUAACGACGGGAAGGGUGAUUGAAGAUUACUGGGGUCCAUCGGUGAAGCUUCUGGGCGACAUGAAAUUUCUGGAACACCUGAAGAAUUACGACAAGGACAACAUACCACCGGCAGUUAUGAAAAAAAUAAGAGAACGGUACAUGCCGGAUCGCGAAUUUAAUCCAGAACGCGUCAAAACCGUGUCGACCGCUUGCGAAGGUUUGUGCAAAUGGGUGAGAGCCAUGGAGGUAUACGACAGGGUGAUAAAAAUCGUGGCGCCUAAAAAAGCACGCCUCGCAGAAGCCGAAGCUGAACUAGCGAUACAAAUGGACACGCUCAACGAAAAAAGGGCGAAACUACAAGAGGUUUCGGAUAAACUUCAGGCGCUCAACGACGAAUUUGCGGCGGAAACGAAAAAGAAAAAAGACCUGGAAGAUCAAAUCCACAUAUGCUCGCAGAAAUUGAACAGAGCGGAAAAACUCAUCGGCGGUUUAGGCGGGGAGAAAGAUCGAUGGCAGGAAACCGCACAAGAAUUACACGCACAGCUCGGCAACGUAAUUGGUGACGUUCUACUAUCCGCCGGGACUAUAGCGUAUCUGGGCCCAUUUACCAUCGACUACAGACGGCACUUGAUCAAAAUGUGGAACGACCAUUCCAUUGCUCUGGGAAUCCCAUGUUCUGUGAAUUUUUCGCUGGCCACCACCAUGGGCGAACCAGUAAUUAUCCGCUCAUGGAAUAUUGCUGGGUUGCCUGUCGAUAAUUAUAGCGUCGAAAAUGGUAUCAUAUCGACUACGGCUAGAAGAUACCCUUUGAUGAUCGAUCCGCAAGGGCAAGCUAACAAAUGGAUCAAGAACAUGGAAAAAAACAACAGGCUCCAAGUAAUUAAACUGACGGAUGCGAAUUAUGUCCGCGUUUUGGAAAACGCCAUAACCUUCGGCACGCCGGUAUUGUUAGAGAAUAUCGGGGAAGAACUGGACGCUCUGCUGGAUCCAAUUUUGGCGAGGAACGUGUUCAAACAACAAGGCGUUUGGUACCUGAAACUAGCCGAUCACGUCUUAGAGUAUUCGUUUGAUUUCCGAUUCUUUUUAACCACCCGCCUAAGAAAUCCUCAUUACUUGCCCGAGUUGGCGGUGAAAGUGAGUCUACUGAAUUUCAUGAUCACGCCAGGCGGAUUGGAAGAUCAGCUAUUGGGCAUCGUGGUGGCCAGGGAACGACCCGAAUUGGAAGAAAUUAAAAACGCGAUGAUCGUCGAAACGGCGAAUAAUAAAAAGAUGCUCAAAGAGAUCGAAGAUAAGAUUUUGGAGGUGCUGUCGACUUCAAGAGGUAACAUAUUGGAGGACGAGACGGCCAUUAAAAUUUUGUCGUCGAGCAAAUUGUUGUCGCAAGAGAUUCAAGAAAAACAGAAACAAGCUGCCGUAACGGAGAAGGAAAUCGACCUCGCGAGGAAUGAAUACGUGCCUGUUUCCAAACACUCGUCGGUACUUUUCUUCUGCAUAUCCGAUUUGGGGAAUAUCGAUCCGAUGUAUCAAUACUCAUUGGUGUGGUUUAUUAACCUCUACAACCAAGCAAUCAGCCACGGUACCAGAUCGAACGUUCUGGAAGAAAGAUUGGGAUACCUCAACAGCUACUUCACCAAAAGCAUUUACAGGAACGUUUGUAGGUCGCUGUUCGAAAAAGAUAAGUUAAUAUUUUCUUUCGUCUUGACCGUCGGAAUUUUGAGAUCAAACGGCGAAAUUGAUGAAGACGUGUGGAACUUUCUGAUAACCGGCGGUGUCGCAUUGGAUACUCCAUUUCCCAAUCCGGCGUCAGAUUGGUUGUCUGAUAAAAGUUGGUCGGAAAUUGUCAGGGCGAGUCAACUAAACGGCUUGAGAGGUUUAAAAGAUUCGGUGAAAACAAAUUCUACAGCGUGGAAGCAGUUUUACGACGCAUCGCGUCCGGAGGAAGUACCUUAUCCAAAACCAUUCCACGAGUUGCGAGGGUUACUGAAACUGGUGGUUCUGCGAUGCGUUCGACCCGACAAACUUGUAUAUGCUGUCCAGGCGUAUAUUGUUGAAGAAAUGGGACCAUCGUAUUUGGAACCGCCUCAAUUCAAUCUAGAAGAUUCAUAUAAUGACAGUCAUUGUUGUUCGCCUCUCAUUUUUAUUUUAUCCCCUGGUGCGGAUCCCAUGGCUGGACUCAUUAAAUUCGCUACCGAUAUGGGGAUCGCCAAGACGAGUCUAAUGACCAUCUCCCUAGGCCAAGGACAGGGACCCAUCGCAGCCAACAUGAUCAAAACUGGUCUGGAGACGGGCCAAUGGGCCAUUUUGCAAAACUGCCAUUUAGCAGCCAGUUGGAUGCAGGAACUAGAUAGAAUUUGCGAUGAAGUAAUCAUUCCGGAGGCAACUAACCCCGAAUUUCGUCUAUGGUUGACCAGCUACCCCAGCAAAUCAUUUCCAGUUGCCAUUCUACAAAAUGGUGUGAAGAUGACAAACGAAGCUCCUAAAGGUUUGCGACAGAAUCUGUUGAGGUCCUACCAGACGGAUCCUAUAUCCAACACAGAAUUUUACACCUCUUGCAGCAACGUCAGACCUUUUCAGCGUCUGUUGUUCGCCUUAUGUUUUUUUCACGCGCUAGUUCAGGAACGGCGAAAGUAUGGACCUCUCGGGUGGAACAUUCCGUAUGAGUUUAACGAAUCGGAUUUGAGGAUAAGCGUGAUGCAAUUGCAGAUGUUUUUAAACGAUUACGUGGAAGUUCCCUAUGACGCUUUGACAUAUUUAACGGGGGAAUGCAAUUACGGAGGCAGAGUGACCGACGAUAAGGACAGGCGAUUGCUAAACUCGUUACUGUCUCUAUUUUACACGCCGGACGUGGUGAAAAAGGCAUUUUACGCCUUUUCACCCAGUGGACUUUACUACGUCCCGGUGGACACUUCUUACGACGACAUACUGACGUACAUCAGAAGCAUGCCGAUCACACCUCAGCCGGAAGCUUUUGGGUUGCACGAAAACGCGGACAUUACCAAGGACAACCAGGAAACUCAAGCACUUCUUGAUGGCGUUUUAUUGACUCAAACUCAAGUAAUCAGCGAAAGUGCAGGCGGCGAGAGCCAAGAAGUGGUGAUAGGUUUGGCCACCGAUAUUUUAAUGAAAAUUCCAAACGAGUUCGACAUCGACGACGUUGGAAAAAAAUAUCCCGUCAUUUACGAAAACUCGAUGAAUACCGUCUUAAGACAGGAGUUGAUACGGUUCAACCGAUUAACAAUAGUUAUAAAAAAUACGUUGCGCGAAAUGGUCAUGGCAGUUAAAGGCUUGGUAGUGAUGUCGCCAGAGUUGGAAGCGAUGUGCAACGCGCUGAUGGUAGGAAAGAUACCGGACGCGUGGGCCUCGAAGAGUUACCCGAGCCUAAAACCGUUGGGAUCUUACGUGGCAGACCUAAUAGCGAGACUCAAAUUUUUCCAAGACUGGAUUAACAACGGUGUGCCAAACGUUUUCUGGAUAUCCGGAUUUUAUUUCACUCAAUCGUUUUUAACCGGAGUUCUGCAAAACUACGCCCGGCAGAAGAAACUGCCAAUAGAUUGGAUUCACUUUGAAUUUUAUGUCACGGAAUACGAACUGGACAUGGAAAAAUCUGCCGUAGUAGGAGUAUAUUGUAAGGGAUUAUUUUUGGAAGCGGCCAGAUGGGAUCGACGUCGCAACGUACUAGCGGAAUCUUUUCCGAAAAUUUUAUUCGAAAUAGUGCCAAUCAUGUGGCUGAGGCCGGCCAAAAAAGCGGAUUUUGUACCGUCGCCCUGCUAUCACUGCCCCGUCUACAAGACUAGUGCCAGGAGGGGUGUAUUAUCCACGACAGGUCACUCAACAAAUUUCGUCAUGUAUACUGCUUUCAAUAGCGACAUGGAUGAGAAACACUGGAUUAACAGAGGCGUGGCGGCUUUAUGUCAACUUGAUGAUUAAUAGAGUUUUUAUCAAAU